AUGCGCGAAAAGUAUGUAGCGAAAAGAGUGGUGGAGCGUGUGAAUAAUUCGGCAAAAAGGAGAUGGGGUUACGUUUUCAGAGAGAGCGAGAGACUGAGUCAGCGCAAACGAGGCGAGCGGGGCGGAGAGAGCGGAGCCAACUCCUCCCCCUUCCCUUCCCCCUUCGCGAUUACAGCUUGCCGGAAUGGGGUUAGAAGGGGUAUGCGUAAUAAUGUAAGCGCUAGCAAGAGAACAGAAGACGGUAGAUGGUGGUGGUACACUUAUAAGGAAGGGAUACGUGGGAAUAAGUUAGGCACGUACCUGUUUGUAUCCAUUUCGCUUUCCUUUGCGCUUCAUGCAAAAUUUAGUAUCAUGCGAGAUUAUGCCGCAGCUGGCGGUCUGAACAGUUGCAUCGCAGAAUUGAGCAAGAAAGAUAGCGACGGCGGUAGCGAUUCCUUCUUCCCUUCGCAUGCGUUACGCGUACUAGCUACCUACCAACACGGCGGAUCGACGGCGAGAGGAAGAGAAGGAAGAACAUAUGGUCCAUGCACACCUGUCAACUCAUCUUCCCUUCUCCUUCCCUCUUUGUCUUCCUCUGCCGAGACAUUCUCCAGGGAAGCUCCUUGUCAACAAUCAUGA